AAAAAAAACACAUGAAAACAAUUGAGAGGGGAAAAGGACCAGAUUGUCUGCGCCACCCAAACACGCCAGUCUUCGGAGCCAUGGAGGCAUCUACCCGCUGCAACCCACUGACACGAGUUCCCGCGACGUUUUAUGCUGUUUUGGUGAGAACAUAGCGCGGAGACGAGAUAACUGUGCUCGUAUCCCUUUUUUUUUUUUUUUUUUGCCUAUCGGAUUGGCGUGAAAGUCCGCCAUAUUUUUGCCUUACCACGCCCGGGAGUGGAGCCACCGGGGAAAGAAGGGGACCAGGAAGGGAAAUUAGACCCCACUGUGGUUAUAUUCACGCAGGUGAGAGUUUUGCAACAUUGGAACCGGGGAAUAGUGGUCCGUAGCGCGGAUGGCGAUGCUUAACGAGAGCCCACUCAGGACGUGUCUUCAACGGAUGUGUUGAUCGCCCACAGACGGCUACUAUAGCAGCGAUAAGAGGAGGUGGAAGGAGAAAGAAGGUUCGAUCUGAUUUGUUUCCCUUCUCCACCUCCGGUAACUCGUCGUCUACAGGCCGUCAUUUGACCAGCGACCAGGCCGCUGCGUGAGGACUUUUUCCCCCCUCCUUGAUCUUCCAAGCCUCCCGGGAGUCGGGUGGAAAUAACGCCAAAAAGGAUUUUUUUUUUUUUUUUUUUUUAAAAAGCGUGAAAGUAUGACUUUGGAGUCUAUUAUGGCGUGUUGCCUCAGCGAGGAGGCGAAAGAAGCCCGGAGGAUCAACGACGAGAUCGAGAGGCAGCUCCGCCGGGACAAGAGGGACGCGAGGCGGGAGCUCAAACUGUUGCUGCUCGGCACGGGCGAAAGCGGCAAGAGCACUUUUAUCAAACAGAUGAGGAUCAUCCACGGCACCGGCUACACCGACGAGGACAAGCGAGGCUUCACCAAGCUGGUGUACCAGAACAUCUUCACCGCCAUGCAGGCCAUGAUUAAGGCCUCGGAGACGCUCAAGAUCCCUUACAAAUACGAGCACAACAAGGCAAACGCCAACAUCGUGAGAGAUGUGGACGUGGAGAAGGUCACCAUGUUUGAGAACCCUUACGUAGACGCCAUCAAGAGCUUAUGGAACGACCCGGGCAUCCAGGAGUGUUACGAUCGAAGGAGGGAGUACCAGCUCUCCGACUCCACCAAAUAUUACCUGAACGCGUUGGACCGGAUCGCUGAAACCUCCUACUUGCCCACUCAGCAAGACGUGCUGAGGGUUCGAGUCCCCACCACAGGCAUCAUCGAGUACCCUUUUGACCUGCAGAGCGUCAUUUUCAGGAUGGUGGAUGUCGGGGGUCAGAGGUCAGAGAGGAGGAAGUGGAUUCACUGCUUCGAGAACGUCACGUCCAUCAUGUUCCUGGUGGCACUCAGCGAAUACGACCAAGUCCUCGUGGAGUCCGACAACGAGAACCGAAUGGAGGAGAGCAAAGCACUCUUCAGGACGAUAAUCACGUAUCCGUGGUUCCAGAACUCCUCUGUCAUUCUGUUCCUCAACAAGAAGGACUUGCUGGAAGAGAAGAUCUUGUACUCGCACCUGGUCGACUACUUCCCAGAGUAUGAUGGUCCGCAGAGGGACCCCCAGGCGGGCCGGGAGUUCAUCCUGAAGAUGUUCGUGGACCUGAACCCGGACAGCGACAAGAUCAUCUACUCGCACUUCACCUGCGCCACCGACACGGAGAACAUCCGCUUCGUGUUCGCCGCCGUCAAGGACACCAUCCUGCAGCUCAACCUGAAGGAGUACAACCUGGUGUAGCGGCCAACACACACCUACAGUAUAUGAGAACUCAAAUCAAAGUUUAAAAAAAAAAAAAAAAAAAAAAAAAAAAAAAAAAUCAAACUAAUGCGUGGAAUGCUAAUUUAUUUGCCAUGUGUUUGAUCUUUUGAUUGUCAGGAGCAAAUUAAUUCAUCUUACUAUUUAAUAAAGAGCUGGUGAAAUGUG